AGAGGAGGAGGAGAGACAGGGGGAGAGGAGAGCUGAUGCCUGACGAGUCACUCGGCGGAGGCAGAGCGGGCGGUACCACAACUUCCCGGCUGCGCGGAGCGGCGCGGAGCAGCGCGGCGCGGAUCGCAGCUCGCCGGCCGGAUCGCUCCCAUGUCAGCGCGGCGGCGGGGGACUGCGCUCCGCUAGCGACCAGCCGCCGGCCAACCCCCUCCUCGCCCAGCGAUGUAUUCACUGCUCUCAGCCUGCACUUGCCUAUGUUUACAUUUCCUGCUGCUGUGCUUUCAGGUACAGAUGUUUGCUGCUGAGGAGAAUGUGGAUUUUCGGAUACACGUGGAGAACCAGACGCGGGCGAGGGACGAUGUGAGCAGGAAGCAGCUCCGGCUCUACCAGCUCUACAGCAGGACGAGCGGGAAGCACAUCCAAGUGCUCGGCAGGAGGAUCAGUGCCAAAGGAGAAGAUGGAGAUAAAUAUGCCCAGCUUCUAGUGGAAACAGACACUUUUGGCAGUCAAGUCCGGAUCAAAGGGAAGGAGACAGAUUUCUACCUUUGCAUGAACAGGAAAGGCAAGCUAGUGGGGAAGCCUGAUGGCACCAGUAAGGAGUGUGUCUUCAUUGAAAAAGUCCUAGAAAACAACUACACGGCACUGAUGUCUGCAAAAUAUUCAGGCUGGUAUGUUGGAUUCACCAAAAAAGGGAGGCCACGGAAAGGGCCCAAGACCCGGGAAAACCAGCAAGAUGUACACUUUAUGAAGAGAUACCCAAAGGGGCAAAUGGAAAUACAGAAACCUUUCAAGUACACAACAGUCACCAAGAGGACUAAGAGAAUACGACCCACCAACCCCAGCUAAAAAUAGACAAAAAUAGUGUCACAAUAAGAAACCACAAAAAGAAAAAAAAAAAAACACUGCACCAGAGGAAUAUUUUUACAUUAAAAAUAAGGAAGAAGCUCUAUUUUUGUACAUUGUGUUUAAAAAAAUAAAAAUAAAAAAAAUUAAUAAAAGACUAGAUGGCAAAUGCUGGGGAAAGCUGUUCGGAAUUUAUUGUGACUUGAAAAAUGAAAUGAACUGCUCUAUUUAAACUGACUUCUUGUUGUUGAUGACACACAGGUGCUUAUUUUGCUUUUUUUGGAAAGGACAACUUCUCAAGCAUAUCCCCAGAGGGGAGGAAAAAAAAAGAUAAUUAUUAAAAAUAAAUAAAUAAAACCAAAGAAAACCAAAGUUCUUUCCCAAAGUUACUGAGACCCUGCCCCGCCAAGUGCCGGUUGGCAGUAAUCUAUUUAUUGCCUGCUGCCCACCGGCCAGGACAGGCGGUGGGAGCUGCAGGGAUGAGGCCCGUGGAGCUCUCGGCGCACCGAUCCUCUGUAACCCUCCUGACGACAUAGGGAGUCACGGCUCCGUGAUCCUGCAUCCUGCUCACUUCUGGAGAAUGCUGCUAACUACAUUCAAAUGACUACAAGAUGACCUAGUACACCAAUGAUAAGGGAAUAUUUUAAAACCAGCUAUAUUAUAUAUAUUAUAUAUAUAUAAGCUAUUUAUUUCACCUCUCUGUAUAUUGCAGUUCCAUGAACCAAGUAUUACUGCCUCAACAAUUAAAAAAUUAUUUAAAAUGUAUGUACAUUUUUGCUGUUCACACUUCUUUCCCCUCCCUGAGUAGUGGUUUUUUAAUGCAUAUUUAUCCUUUAUGCAAGGCCAGCAGGAAAUGUUCGGGGCAGUUUCCCCACUAUAAACUUCAUUGCUGAUUCUGUAGUUCCUCCUGUUCCUUAAUACUAUCUUCCUCUUCCUCCCUGGUUGUUGCCACAAGGAAGAGUCUCAGUGGGAUGGUGGAGGGCUGAGUGUGAGGGAAUCCACGCCGUCAUUUUUCAAGAGCAGCACAUUUGAUAUUUUUCAUUCCAAGGAAUAUUUUCUAAAGCUGUGACCAAGCAGAAAGUCAACUGGAAAAUGAGUAUCUGACUGUAUUAACACAUACUUACGUAUGUGUUAAUACAUACCCUUGUGUUUCCUUCGUUACAGCUUUUAGAGGGGCUCUUGCUUUCAGCUGUUUAAUUCAAAACUGUGCCUUUUAAAACUUGCCCUCAGCCAGACAAAUCCCUCUGCCUUGUCAUGCAUGGUUCACCCAGCUCAUCCAGAGACUUGUUUCCCCAGUCAGUCCAGCCAGCUUUCCUUCCAGGAAUUCUGCACGGGAUAGGGGUGAUAUAAAGUGCCCCACAAACAGAAAGUGGAGAAAUGAAGCAAGAUGAAAUAUCUGACCUCAGAUUCAGCUGGAAUGGCAAUGGAGCCCAAGUGGAGUUUUAAGGAGAAGCUCACUUGGCUUUUCCUUCUCUCUGUGUGCAGACAUGGCUACAUGCCCUGGUUACAGCCAGGGCUGGAAAUGCUCAAAGCCACUAAGAAAGCUUUUUCUUGUUAAUCAGGAGAAUGACUCUCCCCAGAACAAGCUUUCCCAAGAUAACUUUGAGAGCUGCAGCCAAAUCCUGCAGAUCAAAGCUGUUUGGGAGAUGGUGCAGAUAAGCAUGCAAGCUUGAGGAUGCUUAUCUGAACCAAUCUCCAAACCUUGCAAGCCUAGAGAAAAAUGAGCAGUGCUAAGCAGGGUAACUCCACACUGCUCCAGGAGGAGCUGGGCAGCUGUACAGGUGAUGCCUCAUGCCAGCUAAGCAGGGGAGGUCACUCAACAGUCCCAGGGGAUUACUGGGAGCUGCUCUCCUGAGGUACCUGGAGACAAGCACCGGAGCAGGAUCCAAUGGUGGAAUUGGUUAGUGGGAGCUGGAAGGCUUUGCCAGCUUUGUCUGCAGAUUGAUUCAUGUGGGAAGGAUUUGGGGAAAGUUCAGAGGAGUGCUGGGGUGGAGGAUUUGGAGCAGCUGGAGAUUUGCUGUGUUAGUACCUUCAAGAGAAGACACCCAGUUGAUUUCUAGAGUGAGAAAGGUUUUAUGAGUGCCUUUUUUCCUCCUUGAAAUAUUGCCAUGGCCCUGAUGGUUUCACUGUUAGAACAACAGGAUUUGUUUGCCAUUGGAGAAAUUCAAAGGGAUGAGUGCAGUAAAGGCUAGAGAAGUCUAGGCAGAAGGGAUCUCCUCUUCCAGACUGAGGCUGGGAGCAACCAGGGAGGGUCUGCUCCCUGUCCCACAAUGGGAGAUGGGAGUGAGGGGCCAUACAACUGGAAUGCAAUUGGGACCUCUGUCCCUCAUGUCAUCAGAGUACAGGAUUAUUUCCUGCACAGCAGUGGGACAGGUUCCUCAGGCUGUGGAAAGGCAGGGUAGUGAGGAGAUGGAUGCUCACCUGGAUUAGG